AUGGCAAAGUCACCGGGAAAGAAAAAGGAAAAGUCGAAAGGCCCCAAAAAGGGUGCUUCAGAAAAGAAAGCGAAAGGCCCAAGUAAAUCGAAAGACGAUAAGAAGAAAAAGGGCAAGAAGGAGAAGAAAGGCCCCUUGAGCAAGAAAGACAUGGAUAUUGCAAAAUUGCAAAAGCAGAAGGAGGAGCAGGAAGCGUUGCAGAGGGAGGCAGAGGAGAAAGCUGCUGCGGAAAAGAAAUUGGCCAUCGAAUUAAAGGAACGAGAUGGACAAUUAGCGCAAAGCUCGGCCAUUAUUGAAUCCUACAACCGAUGGGUAGUGGCGAAAUGGAAAGCGUUUCGAGCAUGCAGAAACAUUCCUGAUUUCAACAAACUGUAUGAAGUCAAUUCAUAUAUUUCAUAUUGGUUAAGUCAACUCAGUCCUCCUGCGAUGAAACGAUUGCUCAAACUAACGCCAGAAUACUUGCAGCAAUUAUUGCAAUUUCAGCUUUUAUACGAACUCCAAUUUUACCUCAUCGAUCCGGAAAUAUCUAUGAGACCUGAUUUACUAAAAGAGUUGGGCAUCCUCUAUCGAGGAAUGAUUGAUAAUCAGAUCACCUACGUUAACAAGUGCACGUACAACAUAAUUGCAGACUUGUCCGUUCUAUAUGAACCGGAAGUUGGUAUUUGUGACUAUUUGCUCAGCAUUCCCGACAUUACUCACUGUCUUUGGGGAAAUAUUUACUGUGCACCAAACAUCAAUGGACACGAAUUUGAAGAAUUGAAAUUCAAGUUUAAAAUUCCAGAGGUCCUUCUCUCAACACCUGGAAUUUAUCGACUCAUUAAAUCGGAAUAUGAUCACUACUCCGAUUCAUGUCUCAGCUACUUUCCACCUGGAGUUGAAAAUGCUUUGAAACAAUCAAUACUGGACUGGGUAGAACUUCAUAAAUUAGCAUCGGGCGAAUACACAGAACUGCAAUCUCCUGCAGAACUAAAGAAAAAGAAAAGAAAGGAUAAGAAAAAGAAGAAGGGAAAAGGAGGCAAGAAACGAGCCAAGUCUCCUAAAGGACCAAAAGAGAAGAAGGGGAAAAAGAAGCGCAAGUCAAAAGAGCGUUCUGGUUCUGAAGACACGGGCGCUGCGACCACGGGAGACGAAGACGACUUCAAACUGAUCUCAGAAAGAGAAAGUUCUGCAACCGUCAAGAGCAAAAAGAAAAAGUCAAAAAAGAAAGCGAAAGGAGAAGGCAAGGAUAAAAGUGGAACGAAAAAAGGGAAAAAGAACCGUGGCCAAGAUAACGCAGAUACUGACACCAGUGCUAAUACUACAACAGAACCCGAAUCUGAGGCAGAGGAAGAAGAGGAAUCAUUCUCGAUGAGCAGUUUCAUGGCAAAAGCUAGGAAGACGCUCACCGAAAUCACGCGACGACAAUCUGUGCGACCCGACCGCACAUCCUUAGAAGAACGAACAUCCAUUGAAGAACGAGAACAGGAGGAACAACUCAAACUAAAACUCGAAGAGUCGUACAAGAAAGCUGUUAAAGGAUCCAAGAAGAAGCAGAAGAAAAAGAAGAAGAAGAGCCGAGACUCCGAAGUGUCAGAAUCGGAGGGGAACGAGGAGGAGGAGGCAGAAGAUGUCGAAAAAAUUGAGAGUGGAAAUGCCGGUGAGGUAACUUCUUCUACUGCAGACGAUGGGAACACCACAACAGCUCCUGAAAGUGACGACGUUUCUACAAGUGAAAGUCGUAGUGCUUCGAAGGAGAAAAAACCGAAGGGGUCCAGUAAACCGGGAUCUGCAAAAUCAGACAAAUCAGUGUCUAAAUCCAAAUCUGAUUCCGGUCGAUCAAAGUCCAAAUCGCCCAAAGGAGAUGACAGAAAGUCUCGAUCGAAAACCAAAGACAAGAGUGGUAAAGGAAAGGGCAAAAGUAAGAGCAAAAGCAGGUCAAAAAGUGGAGGGUCUAAGAAAUCCAAGAAGAAAGGUGGCAAAAGUAAAAGCAAAGAUCGCCACAAGAAAACCGAAGCUGAGUUGGCAAAAGAACGGGAGCGAGCAGAAAAGUCAAAGUUUAUUCCUCAACUUCAGGAAAAUGAGUUGAACUUACGGAACUAUGUCAUUCUUGGUGGAGUCUAUCAAUUCAAUCUUUUGGAAAUUCCACCUCAACCAAAGAACAGAGGAAAUUGGGUUAUCCAUAUUAAGGAAGCGGACAACAGUCUUAAGGAAGUUGCAUUCGAAGCGGACUACACUCCACCAGCUAUUGCCGAUCAAGAAAGUGCAAAAAAGACGCCGGAAGAAAUGGAGAGAGAGGCAAAGCAGCAAGAGGAAGAACUGCAAAAACUGGUUUUAGCCGACAUGUCUGCUCCAAAAGUAGCAUUGUGGUUUGAACCUCCGACCCCAGGCAAGUUCAUAUGCACCUUUCUUGUAUUUAGCAUGCAUUUGUGAUGUAAAUUUAU